AUGGUUCUUCGUAAUGCCUUCUGCCGCCCCUCCUGCUUUCUGGGGUUGCUUUUAUUGCUGCUGCUGCUGAGCUCAGAAGCUCACACAACAAAUAAUAAAACUACCAGAAUUGGAGUUGUCUUCGAAAGUGGCUCUCAAAUUGGGAAGCAACAGAAGGUAGCAAUGAAGAUGGGUUUGAGGCUCUUUCAUUUGUCUUCUUCCUGUCAUAAGUUGGAGCUUCUUCUCCAUGAUUCUCAUUCAAAUUUCACUUCCCCAACUUCUUCGGCAGUGGAUCUGAUGAUUACCAAAGGAGGAGUCAAAGCCAUUGUCGGAGCAGUGAAGAGGCAGGAUUUGAUUGUCAUCUCCGACAAAGAACUUCUUGGCCGGAUUCCCAUUGUAUCCACUUCUGCUGAAAAAUUACCACCACUCAAAAUUCCAUCUUUGAUUCAAAUGGCCACCAAUAUCUCUCAUCACAUCAAAUGUAUUGCUUCAAUUCUCAAAUAUUUUCAAUGCCCUCCAAAAGUUUCUAUCUUUUAUGAUCCCACCCUCAACUCAGUUCAUCGUCUCUUCGAUUCGUUCCAAUUGGCCAAUAUCGAGGUGGAAAAUCAUUUCGCCUUAUCUUCCUCCUCCGAUCAAGAUGAAAUAUCGAUCGAAAAUGAAAUGAAAAGGGUUAUGAAGAGCCAAAGGAAUGGAGUUUUUGUAGUUACACAACUUUCUCUAGAGUUGGCUAAUCUUCUAUUUACAAAAGCAAAGAAAAUGAAUAUGGUGGGAAAUGGGUAUACCUGGAUCAUCCCAAAUGACGUUUUUGACCUCAUUGACUCUUCUUUAAUAAACCAUCAUUCUUCUCUUUUGAACAAAAUGGAGGGUGUUAUUGGUUUUCGAACAUAUUUCAAUGACACCAAAAAGCCCUUCAAACGGUUUGAAACCAAGUUCAAGAAGAUGUACAAUUUAGAAUAUCCAGAAGAUAAAGAGCCAAUAAAAGCAAGUAUUUUCGCCGUUCGAGCUCACGACGCGGUUCGUUGCAUCGCUAGAGCCAUGGAAACGUUAGGAGAUAAUAAUUUAAGCUCAAGCGAUCAACUAUUGAAGACAAUUUUAGAGAGCAAUUUUGAAGGGGUUAGUGGAAUGGUGAGAUUCAAGGAUGGGAUGUUAAUACCUCAAUCCCCAAAUUUUCAAAUCAUCAAAGUGGUGGAUCAAAGGUACAAAGACGUUGCCUUUUGGUCCCCCAAAUUGGGCUUUUCUGAGAGCUCCUUGGAGGUGGAAGAUAAUAAGGCAGCCACUCAAGUUAAGCCCAACAUGGGAAGACACGUGGACGGCGGAGAUUGGUCAAGAAAGCCAAUAACAUUAUGGAGUCAAAAUUCUGGGAAAGAAGAAAAGUUGAAAUUUGCUGUUCCAAGAAAGGGAGCAUGUCAAGAAUUGGUAAAAGUGAGCCAACAUUUGAAUGGGAAUUACUUCACUGGACUUUCCAUUGAUGUAUUUAAGGCUGCCAUGACUAAUACUAAUAUGCCUUAUUCGUCAUCCUACGACUUGUAUCCUUUUGAUAGUACAUAUGAAGAAAUGAUGAAAGCAGUCCACAACAAGACUUACGAUGGGGCAGUGGGGGACAUAUCGAUAAUGGCACAACGAUUUGAAAGUGUGGAUUUUAGUGUGGCGUAUUUAGAGGCGGACAUUGUUAUGGUGGUGAAGGAGAAGCAAGAUAAAUGGAAGAGCUUUUGGGUGUUUUUUGAGGCUUUUGAAGUAACCGUAUGGCUGUUAAUUCCCACCAUACAUCUCUUCAUUUCCUCCGUUAUUUGGGUAAUUGAACGUAGAAAUAAUGAGGAGUUGAAGGGUUUUGGAAGCAUGUUGUGGUUUUCUGUUUCCCUCAUCUCUUACAUGCAAAGAGAGCCCGUCAAAAAUGGGUUGGCUCGGUUGGUGUUGGGGCCGUGGUUAUUCGGGAUUCUCGUAGUGGGGGCGAGUUUUUCGGCGAGUUUGACAUCGAUGAUGACAAUCUCCUGGUCUCAACCGUCGAUACCCGACAUUAAAAUGUUGAUGGAGAUGAAUGCCACGGUUGGGUGUAAUGCCGAGUCUUUCAUAUGUGACUACCUAAAUGGUAGCCUCAAAAUUGAGAAUGCAAGAAUUAAGAAGAUGAACACCAUAGAUGAUUAUCCAAAGGCAUUUGAGAAUGGUAGCAUUGAGGCUGCUUUCUUGAUAAGACCCCAUGCACAAGUUUUCCUCGCAAAAAAUUGCAUAGGCUAUACCAAAACAAAUUUCUCUACCAAGCUUGGUGGGAUUGGCUUUGCUUUUCGGAAGGGGUCUGCUCUUGGUGUGGAUGUUUCUGCAUCCAUCGUUGAAUUGAUCGAAACAAACGAUAUACCACAAAUGGAACGAACCCUACUGACCUCUUUCAACUGCUCUUCAACUGGGCAAGGAGAUGGGCUGAGGUUAGGACUUGAACCAUUCGUGGGCAUAUUCAUAAUUUGUGGCAGCAUUGUAUUGUUGGCCUGGUUAUAUAUGGGCCUACAAUUCCUGAGAACGAAACUUGGUUGA